GUCCAAUUGUUGACCAAAAUGUUGUCCCGAAUAAUGAACGGCACCCGAGAGAGGCCCACAUCACUCACCGACCGGUCCAACGCCAAGUUAGCCGCACUUUACGAACUGGUCUGCGGUCAGCACUUGGAUGUGGCCGACUAUGUCCUCCAAUCCCAACACGUGAUCGAUUUGUUGGACAUUCUGUGCCAUCGGAUCAAUUUAUUGGACACAACUCUCACGAGUACUAGUAGUGGCGGAACCACUACUCAGACAUGCGAUAUAGUGGUCGGAGCCCUGUGUCGACUCCUGUCCACCAUCUUUGACACACUUCACGGCCACUACUCGACGCUCACCGACAGUACCGACGAUAGUCUGGCCUUCAAUCACAUCAUUCAAGACGUGAUCAGUUAUAUAGUAUCGGUCGGAAUGAUUGAUAAGUUGUCGCUAAUGAUGGCCAACACUCGGGGCCCCGUCGACGACAACCCGGAGCUGACCCAAUGCCUGCGUAGUGUUGUCUCCCUCUUCAGCUCACUCUCCAAACUGAUGGCACUUCGAGUGGAGGAGAGGUUCGGCGCCCGUCUCGCCGACGACGACACACAACUGAUGCUCACGUUCGGCGCCCGUCUCGCCGACGACGACACACAACUGAUGCUCACGUUUCAGAUGACACACAUCGGCGGUGUUGUGUCCCUCAUCUACGGAGUGCUCCUCCACUCGGGUGCGCCUCAAAGGGCUGACGGCGAUCGACCGCCCGCUGUGGCCGACCAUACGCUGGAUCUGACUCUAGAAGUGAUCAGACUUUUGAAUUACGUGUCGCUAUUGGAUCUGAAUGUGGUUCAGUGUGUUUUGGGCGGCGAAGGGCUGUCACUACAGCUCCGGCACAUCUGUUCAUACCUUCUCUGGUAUUGCACUCACCAUAAGAGGGAAGCGCUGCUAAACGAAGCGAUACUAUUGGUCGGCAACUUUGUUGUCCUCAACGACGAGAAUCAGGCGUUGUUAGAGUCGGGCCAACGGCCGACUGCCGUCCAGCAG